GAAAAAAUAUUGACCAAACUUUCCAAUAUGUACAUCUUAGUAAGUAACGAACCGAUUGAUGAAAAUUAAAAAUUCACACGACAAUGGAUCAAACUACAAUAAAAAUACGACUGGUGUGAUGUAUUGGAAUUACCUACCUUUUUUUUCGAUAAUACUACUUAUAUUGAUAGUGUCCUCAGUUUAUUGAAUUGAAACAUUUGAUCAAAUCGUUAAUUUAGUACAAUACAUUUCCUUCGGAUAAUGAUUUUAGUCUCUGGUACUCUUCAGUUCUUAGUAUGGACUUUGUUGCUUUUACAAUCAACAAAGGCAGGACUACGAAUUUUAGCUGUAGAGCCAUACCGGGGGAAAAGUCACUGGAACUUUAUGAACGGAUUUUUACGCUCACUUACCGACGUCGGUCAUAAAGUGACGGUUUUCACUAUGUUCACCGAAGAAACCCGAGAAAACUACACGGAAAUCUUGUUGGAGGGAACACCUCGAUUAAACAUGCAUGUGAGCAAGUUUAUGGAAUUGAGAUCUCUAGCCGCUUUCAUCAAAUUUACCGUGACUACGAACAGAGAAAAUUGCGAUUACAUAUUUGCACAUUCGAAAAUGAAGACUAUCUUAGCAGACACGUCCGGUGAAUUCGAUGUUAUUGUCGUCGAAUCGAUAGCUUCGGAGUGUUUGUCAUACUUGGCUCACCGCCUACAUUUACCUCUAAUCUACCUUUUUCCAAUGGUUAUGCCGUGUUACUUGGAAUCAUCGUUUCUGGGUGAAGAAUCCAAUCCUGCAUACGUGUCAAAUUUUAUGGCGUCCUUCGUCUACCCAAAGUCAUUCCCCGAACGCUUUAGCAACUUUCUGACCUACAAGUACGGCAAGUUUUUAUUGUGGUACACGGAAACGUUGUCGGCCAAGGCCAAUCCUAGAAUGUAUGACUCUGUCGAACCGGUUAAACCCUCUGUGGUGUUUGUCAACAGUCAUUUAGUCAUCGAACCGGCCAAACCAACGUUACCGACUGUCAUAAAUAUUGGCGGUAUUCAUCUACGCGAACCCAGAGCAAUACCAAAUGACAUACGGGAAUUUAUUGAAAACUCACCAAACGGAGUGGUUUACUUCUCGUUUGGAUCAAUAACGGCUAUGUCAUCAUUACCGGAGCACGUUCAAAAAUCAUUUAAAUUAGCUCUAGGGCGACUCCCGCAACGGAUACUGUGGAAAUUCGAAACCGAAAUGGAAGAUCAACCGGAAAACGUAAUGACAAGAAAAUGGUUCCCUCAGCGCGAUAUUCUUUUACAUCCAAAUGUCAAGCUGUACAUCGGUCACGGAGGUAUGUCUGGUGUGUACGAAGCUGUCGAUGCCGGUGUGCCUAUGUUAGGGUUUCCUAUUGCCUCCGAUCAACCUAGGAAUAUAGCUAGUCUCGUGGACGCUGGAAUGGCCAUUAAACUUGAUUUGAUGAGUGUCACCGAAACUCUGAUUUUUGAUUCUGCCAACAAAUUAAUCAACGAUAAAAAGUAUUUAUCAAACGCUAAACUGGUUUCCAAACGUUUUAAAGAUCGUCCAAUGUCGCCUGCAAAAGCCGCCACUUAUUGGACGGAAUACGUUGUACGACACAACGGUGCGCAACAUCUAAAAACAAAAGCUUUUAAUCUUACAUGGUACGAAUAUUAUCUUCUAGAUGUGUUCCUUGUGAUACUCAUCUCGUUUUUCACUAUUGGGUAUAUUUUGUAUACAUUUUUAAAUGUCUCAUGCGAACGUAUUUUAUUUAAACUAAAGUUGAAAACAGAUUAAUUGUUGUA